AUGAGAUUGAAACGACUUUGUGAAAAAAAGAAAAGCGGCAAAGCGUGGGUGUCGGAGGAGCUAACUGCCGAUUGGAAGUCCGGAGGAUCCUCGAGAGAGGCCUUGGAAAUCGCCCUGCUCGAAACGAUCAAGGAACUGGGGGCGGAUGCCCCGCAUCAGAAAAUGCGGGCGGCCUUCGUUUGCAAGGUUACCUUCGUGAAGGAGCGCAUCCUUCAACGCGAGAAGGAGGUGACCGGAGAAUGGUUGACGGAGGAAAGAAUGAAGAACAAACACAGCUGGGGCAAGCACCGUGUUUGCAAUCAUGAUUUGUAUAUUUCGCAAAACUUGAAUCAACUUUCCUAG